AUGAUGUUCCGGUGGCUGCCACAGUGGUUCGGCUCGGUCACCAUUCUACUCGUCACUACCGUAUGGCUGGGACGGUUCCGUAGUCAACCACGUGCUCAGCACAGAAUCGUGGCUUGGUGGCAGUCAUGUCAGCCCCAGCUCCAAUCGGCCGUUGCCAGCCAUGCGCCUAACCCGUCAGCAGCGUCGGACGAAUCUUCAGACAGUGGGAGUUAUGCCUUAGGGCGACGCGAGCAACACCAAGAAGAGUCGACGACACAUGGCGGAAGUUCUGUUGCAUCCGGAGACUGUCAAAGGCCAUCGACGAAUUCGUGCACGGAGGCCGAUCGAGGCGUCAUCAGUCCAGAGGAUCAGCUAGUCCUGUUGCAUCAAAGGAGGAUGAGACUCAAAAACAUGCUGAAAACUCUCCGUUGUCGGUGGUCGUCGGAAGAGAAAUUCUUGAAACAGAAGAUGCAGAAACAAAAAUCCGUAUCUUCAGAAAGGGCUGAAACGGAUGUACUUCGUGAAAUGAAAAAACGGUAUAGGCAAGCAGUAGGCGACAGGCGGCGCCGAAUGCAGGAUUUACAAGUGGAAAUAACAUCAGUAGAAGAUGAGGAAAAACGACUUCGGGCAACAAUAACAUCGCAAAGGCGUGACACGGCUGCAUAUGACCCGACCCAACAAGACAGACCGAGAACAUCAACUGCCAGUACUUCAGCGGUCGCUGCAGCCUCCCCACCACACCGACCGUCCCAGCAUUCCGGCGUGUCUCAGGGCUCCCAUACAGGCGAUUCAGUGACUAGACAAGGAUCCACUGCUGAUUCGUUACCUGGGGGACCCAGUUCGAGUUCAGCGGCAGGGCAGGCGCCUGGGGGGCAGCCUGCAGGAAGCUCCAGAUUGAUGAAAACGGAGGACAAACUCGCUGUGGUCACCGCAAAAAAGGGGGUGCUUAAACAAAAACUGAAGCACCUUCUAAGAGUGUGGGGAACUGAAAGCGGUUAUCUCGCCUUCAGGAUGAAGCCUCUAGGCUUGUAUACGCAGCGUGGUCCAAGUGCAAGUGGAAGUGAAAUCGCUGCGAACCUCAGGAGACGGUACCGAGAAUUACUGCCAGAGAAAGAAAAAUCAAUGGACCAGCUCAGAUGGCAGAUACGAGCACUUGAGGAACAGGAAGACCAACUCCGUGAUGAACUGUGGGAAGCUAAUUUUCCAGUUGCCGGCGAAGAACUCCAGCAGCGAACUACAGGUGAACCAUCUGCGCCGCUUCUUCCAGAGCCGAUAACGUCGCACCACUCACAGGAUAUGAUCGCUACAGGUGCGAUUCCCCCGUAUCCUCAUUCGCAGCAGCCAGUACCCCAGGCGUCCUCUUCCACGGCUUCUUCGACGACGAGUAUGUCCGGGGAUCCGCUGCUUCUUCACGGUGCGAACUCGCGGCAUAUGCCUCCUAAGUCGCCACCCCCGUAUACACUACCUGCGCCUCACCCAAGCAGACAGGAAGACUCGCCACGAGCGGACAGGUUCACACUAGGUACAGGGAGUCGCUCCUGCCUCCCGCCGUCGUGUACGUGGCAGCGGCUGGCGCCAACAUUGUCUUCUACAGAGCCUGUGGAUGCCCAGUUGAACGCGCUAUGGCCACCUGCGCGAUCGCCCAUAGUCGCGCGGGCGGCCGCUGCAUCACCCGGGCACUGGAGCAGCGAAGUGACUGGCAGAUCCACAUCCUAUCCCCCGCGGCCGUUAGAACACCACACAGCCGCAUAUUCUACUCGGGAGUCUCAUUCAGAAAGUGAGAUUCCCCUGGAACUCGUUGACUUCAUUUUGUCACACUCUACACCAACCGCGACCUCCUCUGUGGAUGCUACUGCUCCCCGUCAAAAAGCGGUACCAUCAUCCAGUGGGUCUUGGAGCCCACCGUAUUCGCCCCCACCCAUCAUCUCCCCGACUGAGCAGGCGGAGACCAGCUAUUCGUGGCAUCUGCAGCCAUUGAGCGCUCUCGCCCCAAGCGCAUCAGCCUCCGCACUUUCAGCUAGUGUCGCUUCGUCUUCGAUGCCAUGGGUGGGCGGGCCACAGCAACAGCCUUCCUUCCGCAGUCAUGAACCGGAAUCGGAUACUCCAUUGGAGCAGGGAAGUUCCGUCGACAUGGCGGGUGCCAUUCAUCCGGGUGUUAGUAGCCCACGGAGCCCCGUUUACUCGCCUCCAUACAUUCUCUUCCCGCAUGAGCAGGAGCGAGCUACCUACUGGUGGCACCACUCGUCCUCGAGUUCCUCCAUGGGGCGAGGCUCAUCUUCAGCAUCCUCUCGACCUAGCGGCCCGUCUUCGACUGCAUGGCCGACCACGUCACAACUGUCACAGCCUUCCUUUCAGUCGUCUGGAGCCCCUGGGCACGGCCUAUCUUUGUCUGGCGACCCAUCAGGUUCUCUCAAGCCACAGGAACUCUCACAGUCCCCUGUCUGGCCGCCAGCCGCCGGAAUCAUCCUGCCGUCUGGCUCUGAACCGUCUACGUCCGCCCGUCGUAUACAUUUCCAGGAGCCUUCAGUUCAUCCAUACAGCCAAUCAUCCUCGGUUCAACUUCAGACAAUGAGCAUCCAGACCCCGGGCGCGACCUCCGGGCCCUGGCUCGCGUCAACGUCAUCCAGCCAAAGAAGCACAGGGGCAGAACGACGCUUCCAACUAAGUACGCCGCCUACCGGGAGCUCGCCUUGAAACGGAUGCGCGCCGCCGGGCGGCACAUCUCAAUCAACCUUGCAAGGACGGUUCACUACGGUGUUUUUCGUUUCUUCAUUGGUUGAAGCCUCUUUUCGUCACUUAAUUUCUCCCGUUACGCUCCGGCCUUGAAUUGUUAACUAUGGAAAAAUGCCACACGGACUGUGCUUUGCUCCACCCGUUGCCCGUUGUAGACAGUCCUACAUCCAAACGAGAAGUUAUAGUAAUGGCUGUCACUCAGAGUCUCUCGAACUGCAUCUAUGUCGGAGUAGGAAAUGACCAGUGAUAUCCGGGUAAGGGAGCUUUUGGAGGUGGGUGCUAUCGUCGAGGGGUGUCAUCGGCGAGGACUGCUGUUGCGGGAAAGCGCCGUGGGGGGACGAUUUGGAGAGCCGAGUGGGAGAUCGGUGUGCUGAGAACAGAAAGGAAAACACACGAUGGAGCGAGGUUACACGAUUCGUUGCACCCUUGGAACAAAAUCUGCAUCUUAUUUGUGUCGGUGACGCGAGCUUCUUUUCGUGCAGAGAAAAUUGUAGACACGUUCCCAGACGAACGUUCGAACGAGACGCUCAAUGGGGUGUACAUGUACGGGAGCGGACAACUUAUCGGUCGACGGUUGCCAGCAAUAGACACCUGCGGUCCACUAUUCAUACAAAGGACUCAAGCGAUGCUGAGAUCUGGAUCGUUGAAUUUCUUCUCUUUAGGUGGUACCUUGUGAAUGCCGAGGUCAAAAUGGUAGAUGGUGUGUUCGACGGCACACACGUUGUUGUAUGUAAUGCAGCACGGUGCGUCUCGACCAGCGGUCGGCUUCUGUUGCCCCGUAGCCGAAAGCGUAUCACUUGUCUAUGGCGUCACCACCAACUGUAUCGCGCGUUCCUGCGGCAACGGUGGCCGACUGCGAGUGCUGUCAUAAAAGGUCUUUACUGCUUUGUUGGAAGGGCCACAGUGUCGGGCUCCA